AAUCCAAGCACAGGAUUUCGUACGCUGUGGUCAUUUCGUUUUGGGCCACCUUGUACGGAACCAUAUCCACUAAGCCAAACAAGCCCGCAUUGUGGUGUGGGAGGAGGAACAAGAAGAGGAAGGAAUGGCGGCCAUGUCCUCCUCGCUGGGUCUCAGAGCCGCUAAAUCAAAAUUCACGGGCUCAUUCGAUGCGAGCGAAGCCGCGAGCGCGAGAUUCAAUCCCAAUUCCCGCGUUGGAUUCGCGCGAGCGAGUGUGAACCAUGAGCAAUCGCAGAGCAGGAGGGCGGCGAUGGUCGGCCUGGUGGCGGUGGCGGCGGGCGUGCUGGCCGUGGAGGAAUCGCGAGCGCUGACCGGGAUCAAGAUCAAUGGGCCGCCUCCACCAUCCGGAGGACUGCCUGGGACGGAGAAUGCCGAUCAGCCGCGCGACUUGGAUCUGCCACUCAAGGAGAGAUUUUUCAUCCAGCCGCUAUCGCCCGCCGAGGCAGUGGGGCGAAUCAAGGACGCUUCCAAGGACAUCGUGGGCGUCAAGGAGCUCAUCGACAAGAAGAGCUGGCCUUACGUUCGCAACGAUCUGCGCAACAAGGCCACGUACCUGAGGUAUGAUCUCAAGACCAUCAUGGAUGCCAAGCCCAAGGCCGAGCGCAAGGCGCUCAAGAAGCUCACGGACAAUCUCUUCGAGGUGAUUGACAAGCUCGACUUCGCAGCUCGAGCCAAGAAUCCCACCGACGCGGGCAAGUGCUACGCCGAAGCCGUGGCUGCCUUGGACACUGUUAUUGCCAAAAUCUCGGCUUAAAUAAAUCUCUUCCUCCCACCACUGUUGAUAA